CCAACUCUGAAUUAGUCUUCAAAGGAGUUGUCUUUAAUGAAAUGAAAGGAGUUUUUUCGAGUCCGUCGGCCAUUUAUUCCAGAGGUCUUCAAAACCAUUUAUUGCCAAACACUACGUAUGGCAACGAAUCGGGUGGCGAUCCUCUUGUCAUCCCUGAUCUUACGUAUGAAAAGCUACAGGAGUUUCAUUCACGACAUUAUCAUCCGAGUAAUGCCAGGUUUUUCACUUAUGGCAACUUUCCUCUGGAGUCUCACUUGGCUUUCAUUAAUGAAUACGUUUUGAGUCGUUUUACAUUUAAUGAAGACUAUAAGAAGUGCAGUGAAAUAUCAGAACAGUCCAAAUGGUCUAAACCGGUCCACAAAUCUAUUGAAUCACAACCCGACCCUUUGGCCCCCUUUGCAGACAAACAAACCACAGUUAGCGUCAGUUUUCUGUUGGAAAACAUUACAAAUACUCACGAAAACUUCACG